AUGCUUCGUCCUGAAUGGAGGCUGUGGCCUGUUUCCUCGUUUCUCGGUGCCUUUGACCUCAAGACGGGUGUCACUAUAGUUCUGCUUUUUGCUUUGCUUAACAAGGUUGCUGGAGUGUAUGGUUUGAUUGCCUUGUUGACGGGUGCUGGAGGCUCUUUUGCUCAGCUAAGUUUGUACAUCUACUCCGUCCUGGGGUUGGUAGCAUUUGUAUGGGGUUUGAAAGUAGUAAAGGAAGAGGAAGCCAAGCACAGCCUCUAUGUUGCGCAUCUUUUCUUUGCAGAUCACGUAUUCUCCACAUCUUGGACUAUCUUUUUUGCCGUGGUGUGGUGGUUGUAUACUCCUCAUGACGGACGGCGUCAAGCAAAUUCUCCAGCUCAAGACCAAAUCAGAAAGGGCGGAAUCGGCCUCAAUCAUACCUUAACUGACGCAGAGCGCGAAGUUGCAGCGAACAUAAUAUGGAACCAAGAAAAAGGCACCGCUGCAGCUGUCAUUGCUAUAUCGUGGUUGGCCAAAAUUUACUUCGCAAUCCUUCUCUAUUCAUACGCCGCCCAUCUUCGAAAGGGCUCAUAUCGCUCUCUCCCACACUCGCGGCCAAAUACUGCAAUGCCAUCUAAUACCUAUGAAACGGCGCUGACAGAAGAAGACGAAGAUAUCGAGCAGUUCUAUCGAACCCCCACAAGACGAGAGGGGGCCGGGUCCGUAUCUAGUAUGACCGACUUCUUAAGCGCGCCCGGACGGGGAAGACGGGGCUCUACGAAGAGCUCGUUGGGCAAGAACAUCGCAUCUUACAGUUCGAGUUCACAAGGCGAGGGAUCUCGCGAGGUCCUAUUUGACGAGGAUGACGGACGGAUGAGUAGUAAAGAUGGCGAUGGAGGUUCUGAAAGCUCGAGUAGUCGUGUGCGACGAUGAUAAAGCGUCAGGUAGAGUUGGUGGCAUGAAUCUAGUACCUAAUUAAUUUUGAUACAUUGGACACCAAGGCUCUAUUGAUAAAUCCUAUUUAUCGAGGAUAUACCCUUCCUUUGCGAUC